GGUACUUUUCUCUCUCUAAUCUAACCAGGUGGGAAUUGCAGGCGAAGAUCUGAUGUACUUGCUGGUGGAUCUCAACUACACACAAGAUCAUGAUGGCCCUUGAACAAACAGAAGAUAUGGAAAGGACCUGCGAGGCUUCCCUAAAAUGCCUCCACAAGGGAUUCCCGUACAACCUCAAGUGUAAUGGGAAUCCCAUUGAAGGAUUUCCAGAGCUUAAAGAUGAAACUAGUAAUCAUCCAGUUGGGGAUGUUCCUGAAUCAGACUGUCCAUUGGGCAGCGAAUUUCUUGAACCUCCAACUGGAUGUUACAACAAACCUACCUACCAUCAUGAUUUUGGAUACUGGUCAACUUUCCAUAAUGACUCUCAAAAGGUGCAACAGUACCAGAUGAAUGCUUUUGAGAGCCAGUUUUAUCCCUUUCCCAUGGAAAAUCGAUUUCAUUAUGUUCCAUUCAAUAUGUUUGCUCAAAGUUACCCAAAUGACUUCCAGUUCCAAGACUUUCAGUAUUUUGUGGUAAUAGACUUUGAGGCUACCUGCGAUAAGGAUAGAAAUCCCCAUCCUCAAGAGAUAAUCGAGUUUCCAUCUGUGAUAGUGAGUAGCAUGACAGGCCAACUGGAAGCAUGUUUUCAGACUUAUGUGAGACCAACAUGCAACCAACUCUUGAGUGAUUUCUGUAAGGAUCUGACAGGAAUCCAGCAAAUUCAGGUGGAUAGAGGAGUUACCUUAAGCGAGGCCCUCCUAAGGCAUGACAAAUGGCUUGAGAAGAAGGGAAUAAAAAACACCAACUUUGCUGUUGUGACAUGGUCAAACUGGGACUGUCGGGUCAUGUUGGAAUCCGAAUGUCGAUUCAAGAAAAUUCGAAAGCCUCCGUAUUUUAACCGAUGGAUCAACUUAAAGGUCCCUUUCUGUGAGGUUUUCGGUGGUGCUAGGUGCAACUUGAAGGACGCAGUUCAAAUGGCAGGCUUGGCAUGGCAGGGUCGUCCUCACUGUGGCCUGGAUGAUGCCAAAAACACCGCUCGCCUACUUUCUCUUCUCAUGUGCAGGGGUUUCAAAUUUGCAAUCACAAACUCACUGGUCUGGCAGACUGCUGACCGUCCUAUGACAAUGAAGCAAUCCCCCGAGCACAUGUCACCACCACACCACCCUCUAAAACUGAAGGAGAUGGGUGUUCCCGUAUUCCAUUAUCAUCACCCAUUAUGUUUCUGUGGGGUGAAGAGCAGCAGAGGUAUGGUCCGCAAGCCAGGGCCAAAGCAAGGGAGCUUCUUCUUUGGCUGCGGAAACUGGACCGCCACCAGAGGCUCCCGUUGCCAUUACUUCGAGUGGGCUUCUGCAUAAUCGAAAGUAAGAAAGAAAUUCCUGAUCUUUCGAGAUCUUAUCCUAUGUGCUUUUUCAAAAAUUCUUCUGUAUUAAAAAAAAAAAAAAAAAAAAAAAAAAAGACUGAAAAGGGGUAAAAAAGAGAAAGGACGGAAGUAGGGAUUGUCUUUGUGCGGAAGUGAAAUAUGGCGCAUUUAGUCGGCUCAAAUUGCUUAAAAUUAUGCUUCUGCCAAAUAUUUGAGUACUCUAAAAAGGGAGAUAGCUUGAACCUGUAAAGCUGACUUUGGUGUUGACAGACAGGAGAGCUAUUUGGGAGUGAAUUUGGGUAGUGAUUUUAGGUGGUGAUAUUGCUUGUGCAUGCAUGCCUGAGAGGUCAAAAGGGCAUUGCCAAAUUAUCUUAAAUAAACUUAUGAAAUAGGGGACA